AUGGUUGGCUCGUAUGAGCAUAACCUUUUAUGUUUGUCUUUAGUGUUGGACGGAGAGAAGGAACCUGUCUUCACACCAGUUUUUCACUUCCAGGCCCAUGCCUUAUCGAUCAAAUCCAUAGACAUAGCCAAGAGAUACUUGGUUACGGGAUCAAAUGACGAGCAUAUCAGAAUCUAUGAUCUACAAAAGAGAAAAGAGCUCGGUACUUUGUUGAGUCACCAGGGUACAGUUACCACCUUGAGGUUCUCGAGAGAGACCACAGAAGAGAGUGCAGAAUCAGGAAAGUCAGGUAAAUGGCUCUUGUCAGGAUCCGAAGAUGGUAAGAUUAUCAUCUGGAGAGCCAAGGAUUGGGAGAUGUUGGGUACCUUGAAGGGCCACCAGGGCCGUAUCAACGACCUCGACAUCCACCCUUCAGGAAGAGUGGCUAUUUCUGUGUCUACAGACAAGACCAUCAGAUUGUGGAAUUUGAUGACAGCUAAGAAGGCUGCUAUUCUUAAAAUUAAAGGAAAAGAUCACUUGGGCCAGUCAGGCGAGAUUGUCAGAUGGACCAAUUCAGGAAAGCAUUUCAUAGUUGGUUUGAUUAACCAGCUCUUCAUCUACGAGUUGGGUGCUGAGGCCCAGCUUGCUCAUAAACUCAAAUUUAAGACCACUUUGAUGUGUCUUGAAGUUUUGAAUAUUGAAGGAAAAGAGUUCCUCGUCACUGGUCAUAGCAACGGUUCUAUUGAGUUUGUUGAACUAGAAAAGGUCUUGCUGCUGGAGGAAGAGACAGUCGAGCCAGAUUUCUCCUUCCGUGGCCACCUGAACCGUGUUAAGGGAUUAUCCUUCUUCUGUGACGAGAUCGAAACCAAGGGAAUCCCAUAUCUCGUGUCAGUCUCUUCUGAUGGAAGAAUCGUCGUAUGGGAUGUCAGAUCGAAGGUCAGAGACCAAGUUGCUGUUUACGACAGUGGCGAGAGACUUAAUUGUGUUGCUGUCUGUGGUGAGACCGUUGAAAAGGCUGCUACAAUGAAGAGAACGCAUCAAGAAUCCGAGAAGAGUGCCCCAAGUGAUUCAGAGUAUGAGACAGAUGCUGAAGAGGCCAAAAAGGUGCUUCUUAGUGAAAAGAAAAAGAAGCGUGGCAAGAAGAACAAGAAAUCAAAGGUCAGUGUUACAUUGGGAUGA